CUAUGAGGACUUGACUGUGAUGACCCAUAUCUGAUGGAUGAAAAAUUGACAUAUUCUAACUGGUUCCGUCCAUAACAAGUUUGGUGAAGUGACUCUCUGUGACAAUGGCAGAAGGCUCUGGUGAUAAUAUAGACCCGAGGAGGAUUCUGGUUAAGAACCUUCCCAGUGGGUCGAGUGAGGAGCUAAUCACUAACUACCUGGAGGUUGUGACAAAUUUGGGGGUGACUGAUCUAGACUUUAAACCUGAGCUUCUAUCAUCAAUCAGCCUGGUCAAAUUUGAUGAGGAGUUCACAGAUGAAGCCUACAAGCUUGCUGUACAGAAGACAAGUCAGAAGCUCCUGACUGGUCAACACGUUGUCAUCCAGCGGGUUGCCAUGGCGACAAGAGUUCUUCUUCAUGAUGUGCCGUUACCACAGACCACAGAAGAAUAUUUACAGUUAUAUUUUGAAAAGCUUCUGCAUCCUGUGGAUGGAAACAUUCGAAAAGUUGCUCUCUACUCGGACAUUCAGAAAGCUGUCAUCAUGUUUAGCCCGCCUGAUGUUGUGGAAUACAUCCUCAAACAGAAGAUUGAGAUAAGUAAGACUAAGGUGAAGGCCGAGUUGUACUUCCCGGAGUUUCACCUACCAAUACUCAAUAGUCAGCUUGAAGAACAGCGGAAUCGUCAUGCAGCAGAAGUGAGCGAUGUUAACCUAGAGAUGGAUACCCUUCAUGAGGCAAAGCACACAGAGGUGGAUGUCAAUCCUGGACCAUUGGAAGGUGAAGAGAGACAAACUUCAUCAACGAACACUGUCAGGAGACUCACUCAUCAUUUUGAAAAGGUGGCACAGUCACCGCCAAGAGGUGACGAGCCCACAUCACCCACGAGGCAACGAUCUGUGGAAAAGUUAGAGGGAAAGAUUGUCAAUGAGAAACAAAGCUGUGAUAGUACUGCUCCUGAUGCAGCUGUAGAAAGUGCAAGGUUUUCUUCUGAUCGCAUUGAAAGACCUGCUGGAGGGAAACAAGUGAUUGUAGAUCUUAGCCAUUUCAUUCCAUCACCCAGAAAAGAGAAAACAAUGGAAAAUGUGCCUAGGGUUGUUGGCAAUCCACCUACCGUUGCCUCUAGACCAAGGAAAGAUAGCAGAGGAUCAUGUCAGGGAGGUGGACAGACAGAGUAUUCCCUGUCACCGAUGUCGGCAUCUAAGUCUUUCCACCACUUGCCUGAUCAGGAAACUCUCACUGUUACAGAAGAGUGUCCUUCAGAGCGCCAGUCGGCACAUGGAUAUUUGUCACUACGGCAACCAGUGUCUGAGGAAGGGAGAGUGGAGUCCAGUUCCCGUCGCAACUUGAUGCCUCACUCAGAAUCUGGCUUUUUGCAUGGACAAACAACUGAACGUUGGCAAGAGGAGAGAAAUGUAACCAUUCAUGAUCUCAACAUGCCCAACAACCGACAUGUCCCAAGGGUAACCAGUGAAUCAAAUAUGCUUGGAGGACAUGCAAAGCCUGCCGGGCAGAGAAGGAUCGUUGACAAUCCGGAAGAUUCUGAAGAGAGGUGCCUCAGAGAACGUGAGAAUUGCACAGCAGAAAUGCAGACUCCAUUGGAUGUUGCUCCUGUUGUCUUCAAAGAGAUGACCAUAGACAGACUUAAACUGGAGUUGCUCAGUCAAAUUGAGGGUCUGAAAAACUUGGCAUGUCGUGUUGUUACUAAUGAAGAAACGGGCACCCUUUGUUUUGAAGGAACAGAAGCACAGAUUCGUUCCUCUCGGCUUCAAGUUUAUGAGUUGACAAACAACAUGGAGGAGAUUUCCAUUAGCCUUCCGCAUUCCUCCAUGUUGGAAAUAAUAAGACAUGAAAGUUCCAGUCUCCAGUCGGUGUUGAAGAAGCAUCGGGCUGUCAUCUCUGUCAAAAAAGACCAGGUGAGCAUUGUGGGAUUGUCCAAGAAAGAAAUGAAGCAAGCAGAAUCUGCUUUGCUCAAAAUGGUCAUAAGUGACUCUUUGACAUUGGAUCCAUCAUAUAUGACCUUCACCCAGUCCGAGGAGUGGCGGACUUUCGUCCAGAAGAAGCAAAGCAGUGGUUUAGUCAGAAUCAUCACUGCUUUAGAGAAGAAAACAGUGUAUGUGAAUGGCAUGACUAAAGAGGUGUCGUCGGUGAAAAAAGAAAUCAUGUCCACUCUAAAGCAAAAUGCCACAGUGGUGAAGACGAUUAAAGUGAACAACCCCAAGGGGAAGUUUAUAAAUUACCAUUGUAAAUACCAGCUGUCUCAAAUCAACGACAAGUUAAGGAGCAAAAAGGUGGAUGUGAGAGUGAAAAUCUGUGGUCGUGAUUUCACGGAAGUGGAGUCGAGAGGCCUGAAGGAUGUUGUGGACGAUGGAGUGAAGGAAGUGAAGAGCUUGGAGCAAAGUCUGGCCGAGUUCACAGUCAAAAUUCCGUUCAGCGUGACCAAAACUAAACUUUGGAGAACAUUUUCCACAGGAAAAGAGUUUAACACCUGGAUAGAAGGAUUAGAGAAAAGAUACAAGUGUUGCAUUCAACCGUUUUUGUCAAAGACAAGGCCACCACCAAAGCUUAAAAAGAGCAUAAAGUCUCCUGGGAGAGAAGGUAGAGGUUAUACCAAGGACAGUGGGUCACAAAGAGACAGAAGAAACCCACAACACGAUAGACCUCAGUCUCCGGACAGCAACGGGUCAGCAAUGGUCCCCGUGACCCAGCAAUGUGGCCAGCUGAAGAUCAUCCUCAAGACAGGGGACAUAACUCAAGAAAGGGCUGAUGUAUUGGUCAAUGGGAUAAGCAGUAGCCUGGACUUGACCCAAGGGCAGGUGGCUAAGAAGUUCUUACAGAAAGCGGGACCUCAGAUGCAACAGGAUCUGUCGAUGUUGGACUUGUCUGGAUCAGCUGGAGAAGUGGCAGAAACCGCUGGUGGGGGACAACUGCAGUGUAAAGCCGUGAUGCACGUGGUGCUAGAGCGCUAUAAAGAUGCUAGCUCUUUGCAGGCCCUUCGUGAUGGUGUGAGGGAGUGCCUGAAGAAAAGCUCUGGCCAUACCUCCCUGUCUCUGCCCACCCUAGGGUGUGGUCACCUUAGGUACCCAAAUGCACCCACAGCCAAGGCCAUUGUAGAUGAGAUCAAUCUGUUUGGACAGUCAGCAACUUCCAGUUUACAGGUCGUGACAAUCGUGGUGUUCGACCACACGCUCUUUCCAGUGUUUAGAGGAGAGAUUCAGCCAAGCAUGUUCAGCUCCUUAGGAAGGCUAUCCCGGAUGUUCGUACCAGAGUUCUCAAGUCAGGAGAGUGUCAGACCAAAGAGGCGUUUUGAUUCUAAUAAAGGCUAUCGCAGGCCUAGACGAUCAAGGAGAGAAAGAGAAAGCCAAGGGGACAUGACCUUUGACCCUGUGAAAAUUACUGUACAGAAUACCACAGUCAUCAUCAAACAGGGCAACAUUGUGAAGGAAGAUGCUGAUGUUCUGGUCAAUGUGACAAACCGAGACCUGGAUCUUUCUCGCGGGAAAGUCUCCCAAAGCUUUCUGAAGGCCGGCGGUGAGGAACUACAAGACGAGGUUAGCUUGAGUGGCAAGGCAAAAGAUGGUGACGUUGUUGUUGUUCCAAGUUGUGGCAGUCUGCAGAGGAACAGCAAGCACAUUGCUAACGUGGUCCUUCCCAGAUACAAACCGCAGUAUGGACUACAGGCCAUUGAGAAGGUAAUAAAAGGCUGCCUGGAGAAAGCUGUGAGGCACGACGUAAAGUCAGUGGCAUUUCCGUCACUAGGGUGUGGCAGAUUAUCAUAUCCAAGGGACCAGGUGGCUCAUGCAAUGAUGAAAGAAAUCCAAAACUUCACUCAGAACUCUUCAGCUUUGAAGACUAUAAAAAUUGUGAUUUAUGAAGCUGAUGUAUUUGCAGUGUUUGCAGAAACAUUUAAGGCAGAUGAACAAGAUGUGUCAGAUGAUAGCGAAGAAGAAAGCGAUGAAGGGGAGGUCAAUGAUUAUGAAGACAACAUGAUUGUGGUCAGUGAUGAUGAAGAGGAUGGUGAAGAUGUGGAAGAAGAUGAUGAGGAUGAAGAGGAAGAAAUCGUUGGUGCUACCGCAUCGGCAUCUGGUCCUAAAUCAGCUGCACUAAACCAUCAAAGUAAACAAUCGCAUUUCGUCGUCGUGACCUUGUCCGAAAGUGUCAAGGAUACAAAAGAGCAUUUGGAGACUGACAUAGGCAACAGGUUUUUUGCGACACCAUCGAUUCAGCCUGACCAGUACCGGGACGCUCCUUUCAGUCUGGACAAUAAAAGGGCUCCCAAAAAAAGACUUGUCAAAAGGCCACAAACAUCUGAAAUCAGGAGAGAGCAUGCCAUUGACAUGCAUAAUGCAGGAAUGUCGGUAACAACAGUCUUGGCACACUGCAGCGUGAGUUAUUCCACCAUCAGUCGCUUAAGAAUAUGUUUCAAGAGACUGGGAGCACUGUUAACCGUCCACGUGGCGGAGGACCAAAACAAGGCUCUCUCUCUGGAGGUACAAGGCCCCCUAAGAGACGUGUCCAAGGCAUCUCGCAAAAUGACAGAAAUCCUGACAGAAAAGAACAACAAUUUUGACACAGGCCAGCAUGUCAAGAAAAACGGAACAUUUGAAGAUUGGUGUGAAUACCAGAAGAGGCGUUCCUGUGACCUCCCAGAUUACUGGGAUGAUGCCACCUUGUCACGAUGGGGUGCCAUAAAGGCAGUCGUAACUGAUAAUGUUUUAGCGAAACCCUCACCAUCUGUGGAGACCACGAUUCGAAACAUGAUCACAUCAACAUGGCAGGCUCGCUAUGUAGGCCAUGGCAGAGACUCACAUAACAUCGCACCUGGCAUGAGCAUGAAAAUCACGAAAAUUGAGCUGAUCCAGAAUGAGCAACUUUUCCAAAAGUACUUCAGUUGCCGACAGCUGCUUUUUAUGAAAGUGAUGAAGAAAGACAUCCUUCCAUUAGGAAAGAUCAAGACUCAACCUGAUAUCCUAACCAACAAAUAUUUGACCAGGGAUUUCACUCGUAGCUUUGAAAAGGACGUGAAUGAAGUGUACCUGUUUCAUGGCACUCCAGAAAAAGGAGUGAAGGGAAUCUGCCGUAAUGGGAUCGACUUUCGUCUGGCCAGUGAAGGAGGAAUGCUCGGAAGGGGUAUCUACUGUGCGGAAAGCUCUACCAAGGCAGACCAGUACGCAGGCAUAACAGAUGCUAGCAAGAACAGGGUUCACAAAGACUUAAAGAUGCUUGUGGUGAGGGUGGCCCUGGGUAAGAUUUACCUCUGUGAAGACCAGAACCCAAAGAAGUUUUCUCGUCCACCUUGUGUCAGAUGUUUCCAGGAGAAGUGUGAGCACCCUGAUGGUCUCUUUGAUUCUGUCGUCUACAGUAAUCCCCAGAAAAACUUUCGGGAAUUUGUUGUUUACGCCAAUGAGCAAUGUUACCCAGAAUUCAUCAUAACAUACGAUAGAGUGUAGUGCUGAAUAUAAAUUAUCACAGCUGUGAACUUGUGCGGAAUUCAAACAAAAACUGCUGAAUUCACUCUCCCUCAUAAACUUACUGUAUGUCCUAUAUCAUGGUUUUCAAAGACAUUACAGAGGCGUUUUCCAAGCAGUUUCCCCAGAUCCUUUACUCACAUGGUCAUCAGUUGGUUCCAGCAAAUUCGCCGUUAACACAUGAUCUCUAACUGUGUAAAAGACUUACAGUUUAAGGAGUAAUAUCAGAGCAGCUACAGCAAUGUCACAGUUGGCAAAUUGUUACAGGUGAAAUACAGCAUCUUGUCAGUUUAACCUAGAUGAAUACGUUGUUCCAGCCCAAGCCUCCAGGUAUAUCCCACACACGUUUGUUUCAGGUUGUCAUGGCCAUGUACCUGUUUUUUAAUGGAUGUAUAAAAAUGUACAUUUACUGAAAAUGUGGACGAUGUUUAUGGCUAUUUUACAAAUGAUUUGUAUUUCUUUGUGGAUCAGCACAUGCUAGUACAAGGUGUUUUGCUAUGAUAUAUGCUGCAAAGAACCAAAACGCCUGUUAUAGUGUAAGAAUUUGAGAUAACGUGUGAAACCAAAACUCCUUAGUGUUUUUUGUGCAAAUUUGAGAUGCUGUACAAGACCAGCCUUCGUAUAAUGGAAGAAAUUAAAAUGUAGAAAACCGAAACUAGUAUAAGGAUUUCGAAAAAUGGCACAUCAUUCAUUAAUGCUGUGACGAUAUCGAAAGUACUUGUGUGAUUUCUCGAUCUGAUACACCAUUUUGCUGACAGGUUAACUGUUCCCCGACAAGCUGUUUUAACAUGAAGUAGUUUGUACAUGUGACAUCGAUGACCAUGGAUACCCACGUGUAUGUCUCAACAACAUGACUGCACUUCUGGUCAUAUGGUUUUAAUUGUCUUUCAUCAUCAACCUGUGAUAUUUACAUGAAACUCUUACAUGUAUAUUGAAGUGCUUAGAUAUUAUUUUUAGUGAAAUAAUUGUCUUGAAUGAAAUAACUGUCUUUAGUGAACAUCGCUUUUUUAAAAAGUGCUCAGUUGGUGAAGUUGCAUACAGGCCUACUUUAGUGCUUCAUAUAGAUGUAGGCCUAUAUGCAAGGCCUUCUUAUGCUUGCUGGAUAAAUGGCGGCGUAAAAGGAUUGUUCAUGUUUAACUGUUGUUUUAUCUGCUAUGUAGAGAUGCUGUGUAGAUAUCUUGCCUAGGAAAUCAUUUCUGUUAAGUAUAAAACUACAACCAUUGCCCUUGUAGGCAUUGUAGAAAGUGCUACGCAUGGAUACGCGUGCUGUAAAUGUUAUUUCUGCUAAUACGUUAAGGACAUAAUCCUGGCGUCAAAUGUAGGCCUAUAAUGAAAGGACAUGACAUUGGAGUCAGAUGUAGGCCUUUAAUGUAAGGACAUGACGUUGGCGUCAGAUGUAGGCCUACUGUAAGGACAUGACGUUGGAGUCAGAUGUAGGCCUUUAAUGUAAGGACAUGAUAUUGGCGUCAGAUGUAGGCCUACUGUAAGGACAUGACGUUGGCGUCAGAUGUAGGCCUACUGUAAGGACAUGACGUUGGCAUCAGAUAUAGGCCUACUGUAAAAACAUGAUGUUGGCGUCAGAUGUAGGCUUACUGCAAGGACAUGACAUUGUGUCAAAUGUUGUGUUGCGUCAGGACAUAAAGGUCAGCCGCUGCGCGUUUGAGGAGACCUCAUUGGGUACCUCACGGAAUGACGUGAAUACAUGUCCUUAAGCUUACGGCCAACUUAUGCAGCCGUUAUGGAGGUCCAAAUAUAGAACUAUACUCCUUUACAGCCCAUCUACUACUCUUUAUACCCUCGUUUUACAUCACUGCUACCACUAGACCAGCUUGAUCUUUGGAGCCUACGCUGAACUCGUUAAUCAGCAUUCGUCAAUAAAAUUGUUUCAGGUUUUGGUUAGGAUAAUGUUGCACACACUGUAGAUAGGUAGAGAAUUCAUGUGUAUAAAGUAUUGUUAGAAACAAAGGUUCAGGCUAUGUGGUUUUGUCGCUUCCUGUCUCAUCACCGUGACCCCAUUAACAUCGGUGUUCAGUUUUUUUUUUUUUUUUUUUUUGUACAAAUUUUGCCAGUGAUGUCAGUGAUCACUGACGUAAAUCGAACGUAUAGGGCGGCGAGGUAGAGUAGGUUCGAGUUUCGAGUUUGAACUCUCCUAUUGCUGAAGAUAAAAAGGGAUCUUCUGCAUCAGACGACAUGUCAGGCGAGUAAACUUUUGUCACAUUUACAAUAACGUGGACACCAGAAAACAGUUUCCCAGUUACUUUGGAGUAGACGAAAAUUCAGGGUCUCAGUGAAAGUUUGUGAAAUUUCCUAAAGGAAAGAAAUAUCAUUUGUGCCUGUUUGAGUACGGUGAGACACGUGAUCGGUAAAUUAUUGUCAACAAAGGUUGCCUAGCAUUUUCACAAGUCGCAAGUCUGAUGUCGAAAAUUCAGGGUCUCAGUGAAAGUUUGUGAAAUUUCCUAAAGGAAAGAAAUAUCAUUUGUGCCUGUUUGAGUACGGUGAAACAUGUGAUCGGUAAAUUAAUAUCAACAAAGGUUGCCUAGCAUUUUCACAAGUCGCAAGUCUGAUGUCGAAAAUUCAGGGUCUCAGUGAAAGUUUGUGAAAUUUCCUAAAGGAAAGAAAUAUCAUUUGUGCCUGUUUGAGUAGGGUGAAACAUGUGAUCGGUAAAUUAAUAUCAACAAGGGUUGCCUAGCAUUUUCACAAGUCGCAAGUCUGAUGGCGAAAAUUCAGGGUCUCAAUGAAAGUUUGUGAAAUUUCCUAAAGGAAAGAAAUAUCAUUUG